CUCAGUUCGACGUAGUUGGUACACACUUUUGAUUUCUAAAUCACACAAGUUUCCCCGUUUCCAAAAUCCUAAGGAAAAUGUGCAAGUUGAGUUUCUGUUUCUUGGCCCUGUUCGCUUGCGUCUUGGCCGGCGCCAGUGCGGGCGUUUCACAGCCUCGUGCUCCCACCGAGCAGCGCAACAUACUCGUCGUCAAGGAUCUGCGAGAGUUUGCUGCAAAGCAUCCGGGCUUGAAGAUGGAGCGCUUGGUGAAGGCCCCUGCCAAGGGACGUGCUGGUACACAGACUGUGCGCUAUGUGCUGGGCACACGUGUUUCGGGCGAUCGUUUGGUGGCACAGGGUGCUGAUGUCUACGCCUAUCCGGCGCGUAAGGAUGUGAGCCUCCAGCUGACGUAUCCCGAAGCUGGUGUGGGUGCCAUUGUCACAUACGUGGAGGUCAUCUGUACACAGGACAGCAGCGACGGCAAUGCUUUCGUUGUGGCCGGCGGCAUUGGACAGCGUUUCAUUUCCAUUGUCCUGGAGGCCAGUCAGACCGAGAACUUCUCCUACCAGGCCCAAUACUAUGGCAGCGACUAGAUCGCCCAUUAAAUAGCUAACUAAUGUACCUACAUAUCGAUUGUUUUUUUUGUGUGAAUAGUCUAAAUACGAACUACCUUAUUAAAUAUAUAUGUACAUAUUAAUAUGCGAA